AUGGGCUGUGGUAUCCUGCUCACUUACCCUCAGAUUGCUGCUUACUCUGGUAUCCACGGGCUUUUUGUCUAUGCCCUCUGUGGUGCCAUUCCGCUUGUCAUUUUUGCCGUUCUCGGCCCCAUCAUUCGCAAAAAGACCCCUCACGGCUUUGUGAUGACGGAGUGGGUUCGUCAGCGCUACGGCAUCGGCGCUUCCUGGCUGGUUUCUUGCGCUACGAUUUUGACGGUCUAUCUUUUCAUGGUCAGUGAAUUGACCUCGAUCCAAGCUGUGAUCGAGUCGUUGACAAACCUUAAAGGGUGGCCGGCUCUGAUUGUCGAGGCCUGUGUUACUGGUAUUUACACGUCUUUGGGUGGUUUCCAAACUUCAUUCUUCACUGAUAAUUUGCAGGCGCCAGCUGUGCUGGCUCUCCUGAUUAUUGUCAUUGCUGCAAUGGGCGCGGAAAUCAAAAUUGACAAGAGCCUUGUCGGUCCUAGUGGACUGCUCAAGGGAAAUCUGUUGGGAUGGAAACUUAUUUAUAUUUUGUUUGUUGCCAUCAUGACGAACGACUGCUUUAUGGCCGGGUUUUGGCUGCGUACUUUCGCAUCUAAAACAAACCGCGACCUCUACAUUGCUUGCACGAUUGCUGGAUUCCUGUUUUUCAUCAUCUGCGCUGGCGUCGGCAUUCCUGGUAUGCUGGCGGUUUGGGCGAAGCUCAUCGAUCCUGCUUCACCGACUUUUGAAGAGGACUCGCAGGUGGCGUUCUUCCUUGUGCUCAAGGAGUUGCCAAAAUGGGUCCAUGGCUUUACUUUGGUAUUCGCCUGCCUGUUGUCUUCGUGCACAAUCGACUCCUUCCAGUCUGCCUUAGCCUCUACAGUGUCGAAUGACUUUUUCCGUAAUCGCGUUCGCAAAAUUUGGGUUCGUGCGUUUACUCUGGCCACUUUGGCGCCUUCCAUCGUGGUGGCUUUGCAAGCUCCCAAUGUUCUUAACAUCUACUUGAUUUGUGAUGUAUUAUCUUCGGCCAUUAUCCCGGUGCUGUUCCUUGGCCUCAGCAAAUACUUUUGGUUCGUUACUGGUCUGGAAAUUUUCAUGUCUCUAAUCGGUGGUAUCAUUGGCGUCUUUGUCUUUGGUACUAUUUUCUGGCAUUCCGCCGCUGGUGGUGGUGCCCAGCUCAUUAUGAGCAAUGGUAUCUACGGUGAUGACUGGAGUGCCUUUGGUACUUUUGUUGUUGCACCCCUGGCCUCUGUUGUUGGCGCCAUGCUCAGUAUUCUUGCCAGAGGCAUUUGGUUGGCAUGCUCUACAAAGCGUUUGUGGGCGGUUUUCGACGAACCCACUGCUCCCACGACCGCGUGGGGCCGCUUUUGGUUCGGUCACGACGAUAUUCUGGUCAAGCAUCACACUAUCCCGUGGUACGAGCGCUACAAUAUGCCCGCGUGGUGUAAAACUGUUGACUACUGGAUUUUUAUUCAGGAUUACGAGCUAGCCGAAAAGCCUCAUGAGGGAUCUGAUGAGUCUGAUUCGGUAGUAACUACCUCUGAAAAAGAAUCCUCUGUCAAAAAUGAAGCGAUCAUAAUUAGCUGA